UUUAGAUGAGCGAGAUGUGUGAAAAUUAUGAAUAAAAAAUUGAAUAAUGUAUAGUAUAGUAAAAUAAAAUUAAAUUAUAAGAACAACAAAAUUAAAAUAUAAAAAAAAUAUUGAAAAAUUCGAAAAACUUUUGCAAUUAUAAAUGAAAGUUUCUAAGUGAUUAUUUUGCUGCCGACUUGAAUAGAUCGAAAAGCUUAUGAUCUCGGAAAAUUAAAAUUCAAAAUUUUAUUUUAUUGCAAAAGAAAAUUUCAUUAACUACUAUAUCACUAUAGUGUACAUGUAGUUGUACUGUUUCUUAGUGUAUAUGUGUAUAUAAGUGCAGUAGAAUUUUUUAUGUGAUAAAUUAUAAUAUUUUAUAGUUAAAUUUUAAAUAUGAGAAAAUUUUUGAGUGAAAAUCACUACAUUACCAUAAAUAAUAUUUUAUUAUUUUGUUCAUUGUUUUAUUUAACACAUCAGCAAACAACAAUUGAAGAAGCACGAUUACAUCGCCAAGAAUUAAUACAGAAAUAUAUUAAAGUUUUAAAAAAGGAAGAAGGGGCUGUACGUUUAAUUGGUGGCCAAAAUGAAAAUGAAGGCAAUGUCGAAAUACUUCAUAUGGGAAGAUGGGGUGCAAUAUGUGAUGAUGAAUGGGAUCGUAAUGAAGCUCAAGUUGUUUGUAAACAGUUAGGUUUCAAUGGAUACUCAAAAUUAACUCAUAGUUCAGCUUUUGGGCCAGCUAAAAGACGAUUUUGGAUGGAUAACGUAAUGUGCGAUGGAAGUGAGAAUGAAUUGAUUCAAUGCCGCUUUGAUGGUUGGGGAAAAAAUGACUGUGAAUCAUCAGAAGCAGCUGGUGUUAUAUGUAAAGUUGAAAAAAAUAUAACUACGCCAAUUAAACCUACCAAAAGUGAUUCAAAAAUUGUACCAUCGAAAUUAAGAUUUCAUAGGCAUAGAAUGGAUUUAAGGUUAACUAAUGGUCGGACUCCAACCGAAGGAAAAGUUGAAGUUCGUCUUAAUAAUGGUCCGUGGGGUAGUAUAUGUAGUGAUGGCUGGUCACUAUUAGAAGCGAAUAUUGUAUGUAAACAAUUGGGUAUGGGUUAUGCUAAUAAUGCUAUACAAACAGAUUUUUAUGGCAACCGAAGUCGAAUUGCGAUAAGUGGCACUGAGUGUUAUGGAAAUGAAACCUCAUUAUCUGAAUGUUUGCACUAUGAUCAUUUUUCAAUGCCAUAUAGGGAUCCUGGUUUUCAUUGUGCAGGACCUAAAAGUUAUGUAGCGGCUGUUUCAUGUACAAAUUAUUUACCAGAUUUAAUAUUUGAUUAUGCUGAAUUAGAGCAAACUGCUCAUUUAGAAGAUCGUCAAAUGUUUUAUUUGCAGUGCGCAAUGGAAGAAAAUUGUGUUGCCUCUGAAGCAUAUGAGAUACAACGAGACGAUCCAGCUUGGCAUUUACAAACAAGAAGACUACUAAAAUUUACUGCGAAAGUUUUAAAUGGUGGAAAUGUUGAUUUUCGUCCAUCUAUACCGAAACAUUUAUGGGAAUGGCAUAUGUGCCAUAUGCAUUAUCAUAGUAUGGAAGUAUUUGCAUCUUUUGAUGUAUUUGAUAUGGAAGGAAAAAAGGUUGCUGAAGGACAUAAAGCAUCAUUCUGUUUAGAAGAUAAUCAGUGUAUGCCUGGAGUUGAACCAAAGUACGCUUGCGCUAAUUAUGGAGAUCAAGGAAUUUCUGUAAAUUGUUCUGAUAUUUAUAAAUAUAACAUUGACUGCCAAUGGAUUGACAUAUCAGGUAUAGAAUAUGGGGAUUAUAAGUUAAAAGUUGCAGUAAAUCCUGAAUAUAAAGUACCAGAAAUGUCGUUUUCUAACAAUGCUGCCGUUUGUGAUCUUCUGUAUACUCAAACAUAUGCUAGAGUUUUUAAUUGUAAAUUAGCAACACUUAAUGAAUAAUUUUUGAUGUAGUUAUUAGGAACGCCUAUAAGUUUAUAAUAACAUUUUUUUUAUGUUUCCUUACAAAAUAUUAAUAAAAAUUAAAUUAUAAAA